AUUAUUUCCGCAGCAGGGCAAACCACAUUGAGGACACUUUCAGUUCGUAAAAAUAAUGGACUUGGAAAGUUUUUUGUUGGGAGCGGUUUACCACUAUGGACUCCUCAUCGGUCUCAGUACCUUUGAGUUCGACUGGAACACAGGGCGUGUAUUUACAACAAAAUGGAGUACUUUUUACGCAAUUGCGAUGGAUUCAUGUAUAUUUGUCCUAUACAUUUAUCACUGGACCGGAAACACAAACAUUGUUAAUACGAUUUUCGGCAGAGCAAACAUGUUGCACGAAUAUGUUGUCGCCAUAAUGACCGGACUUAGAAUUGCUACUGGUCUUUUCAUACUGAUUCACAGAUGGUACCAGCGCUGCAAGAUGAUGGAUUUGACGGCAAGUGUGGUCCGAAUGUAUGUAGCUAGGCCGCAGGUAGGGAGAAUGUCUCGCUGGGGCAUUCUCACCAAGUUUAUUUCCGGGACUAUGACCGAUGGCCUCCAAAUGGCCAUGGUCUUGAAUGCAAUGGGGCAUAUAGACUCGCAAUUCUACCUGGGACUGGGCUUGCAGUACUGGGUGUCCGUUAUUCUCAACAUGACUAUGAUACAGCAAUACAUGAUAAUGCUUUUCGUUCGGACACAGUUCCAGCUCAUUAACACGGAACUGCGUCAGGUGAUCGAGGAAGCCAAGGAACUGCUGUUAAGCCCCCGGCAUCAGGGAGUUUUCAUGACCAAGUGUUGUUCGUUGGCGGAUCAGCUAGAGAAUAUAGCAAGAGUCCAGAGCCAAUUACACACGAUUGUGGACCAAAUGGAAAAAGUAUACGGCAUUCAGGGGGCCAUGAUCUAUGGGGGCUACUACUUGUCCUCGGUGGGCACCUGUUACUUGGCGUAUAGUAUCCUCAAACAUGGAUAUGAGAACUUGAACAUGGCACUGAGUGCUGUAAUCCUAUCAUAUGCUUGGUGUUUAUUUUACUACCUUGAUGGUAUGCUCAAUUUAUCGGUCAUGCUCCACGUCCAGGAUGACUACCGGGAAAUGCUACAAAUACUCGGGGAGCGGACAAUAUUCGUUGGCUUGGAUGUCCGCCUCGAAGAAGCCUUUGAGAACCUUAAUCUGCAGUUGAUACGAAAUCCGUUAGAAAUAAAGGUUGUUAAGUUGUAUGAUGUAACUCGCAGCAAUACAUUGGCCAUGUUCGGAAACCUGAUCACGCAUUCAAUUUUUUUAAUUCAGUAUGAUAUUGAACAUUUUUAAGUUAGUCAUUCAUUAAACUCACAACAAUGUUAAUGAAUGUGUACAAUACUUUGUUUUGUUAAACAUUUUGUAUUAAAUGGCAUCAAUAUAGAAGCAGACAUUAGUUGAUUGUAUUUUCAAGUUGUGGUUGCUAGUUGAUUGGUGAUAUGAAUAAAGCGAAUAUAUUUGGGGUUGGGUAAUUACACGGUCAUAACUUCCAGUUCCUACUCCAUUGUAGCCCACAUGAAUGCCGUUAUGAA